AUGAGGCUCACAAGUGCCGUAGGGGUUUUGCUAUUUGUAAGUUUUUUUUUUGAAAGAAUUAUUCAAAAGCUCCUUCUAGUGCUUCGUUGCGGUCGUCUGGUGCAGAGAUGUGAAUAAUCCAGACUAUCCGCCCCAAUGCCUCGUUGGCCAGCCACAAGUUUACGAUCCUGUUCAAGCAGAAAAAGUUGAGUUUUUUCAGAGUUGAAAAAAAAAACUUUUUUCUUAGGUUGUUUGGUUUGAUAUUGACUUGGACGCGCCACCUCGUCAGCGUUUCAAACAACUCGCUCGCGCUUACAAAAAUGAAAUCCAACACGUUUUCGACGUUCUCAAGGUAUUGCGUUUUAUAUUUCUCUCAAAUCGAUUUCACAUAGUACUUCUUCACAAUCUUUCCCGGAAUUGACAUUUGGGGAAUCUUGGGCGACGUCACUGCUUCGGCUCUUGAGAAAGGAAUGAUUAUGAACCCAUAUCGCGACGAGAUUGAAGUAACAAUCUAUUAUUUACAGUUUUCAUGGAAACCCUUUAGGGAAUCGCCGAAGAAAUUGGUGUGAACAUUGGACAUCUGGCGUUUCUCAACAUUUUCUAUGAGAUGUCGCGUUUCUGUACGUCGAUUGUGGCUCAAACUGAAGACAACAAAGAUCUGUACCAUGCUAGGUGCGAAACUGAUCUGCUAUACUUUGCUCACCGAAAUUAUGCAGAAACUUGGACUUUGGCCAACUAUUCGUGUGGGACAUCCCAGCCCAGUCUUGGGGACUCACAGAAUCUCUGAAAAAAGUCACAGUAAACCUUAACUUUUUGAAGGGCGGAAAAAUUCUCUUCAAAGGGAGCACGUUGGCUGGUCAUGUUGGUGUUCUGACAGGUGGGUUGAAAAAUAUGUUCAGGAGAAUUUUUUUUUGAACAACAAAUAAAUGCAUAAGAGGGUUGAAAAUCAUAUAAUGUGCCAACGUGAUACUUCAGCGCCAAAAAAUUUAAAAAAUUUUAUUUCACAGAAUCUUAUUCAAAAUAAGAAAAUUCUCUCAAAUGUUGUUAUCUUCGAUUUCAAACAUUAAGGCAGUUGAGGUCUCAAAUAGCAAUAAAAUAAAAUCUCAUUCUAGCCAUGAAACCGUACGCGUUCUCCCUUUCCAUGAACGCCAAGGUGCAGCCGGAUCUGUUCAACGUAAUCCGUUGGUACAUGGGCGAAAGACCCAACAUCAAGUUUGUCAUGUACUUCGAGCGUUGGCUUUUCGAAAACUGCGACGACUUCGAGGUUAGACAUUAUGAAAAAAUAGCGAAGACCAAACUUUAGUGCGCACGCGAAAACAUCAAGAGCGCUGAACUGCUCACGGGAGCGUACUUCAUUUUGGGUGGAAACAAACCAGGUAAUUUUUAAUGAAAUAUUACAAAAAUGGUCAAGUUCAUCAAGUGUGCUCAUGUCCUCACAGAAAAAAACAAAUCGGUUUAGUGAAAUAAAAACUUUUCAAGUGUCUUUUUGGAAUAUAUAUUAAAAAUUUUGCUUAAAAAAAUGAGAUAAAUAUUUUUUUCUCAGAAAUUAUUGGAAAAAUUAAUUUCAGCUUUUUCCAGGACAAGGCUCAGUCCUCGUGCGCAACACCACGGACAUUCAAUUUGAGCGAAAACUAUUCGACGGAGAUAAUGACUGGUUCUUGUUGCAAACUAAUUACGAUCCUGAUAAGGCAUGUAGACGUCAAUGUUAUAGCAAACGUCUGGAAACAGUUUAGCUGCCUCUCUUCAUCGACAAUCGACGAGACCCUGGUAACACGUGCAUGAAUAAGCUCACGCGCAAGAAUGUGUCGAUGGCAGGCAUUUAUCAGGUUCGAGGACGAUAAGCUUCUUAGCGAUAAUGAGAAAAUAUGGUGCCAUAAAUAUUGCAUAGUUUUUGAUAUCUCUCAAAGUUGGAAAGAGAAGAUAAAUCAUGAAAUAAUGAAGUAAGAAGAAUGGUUCUCUAAAUUUGUUGCACGAAAGUUGCCUCAAGUUGGACGAAUCGAAGAGAAGAAGCCUGUGAAGUCAAUUUUCAAACCCACCGAGGGCAUAAUCCUAAUCACUCAAGUUUUACUUCAAAAUUUUUUUCAAACUGAGUUUCAUUAUUUGUAUUCAAUGUUUAAUAUCAAUUUUUGAAGAAGCUCUAAGGAAAUCAAAUAUAAACUCCAAAAUUUCCAAAUCCUAUCAAAAAUAUUAGCGAUAACUUACUUGAGCGAGAAAGUGUUCCAAUUGACAUUGAGAAAUCGAAUAGUCCAGUUCUAUAACUUUUUGGAAAUAAGCUUUUUGAAAUAUUUUCAGGUGCUUUCCUCCAAGCCGACUAUCAACAAGACCACGGUCCACACCGUUCUCAUGUCGGUCACCAAGAAUUAUUUCGAAUCUUUCGUGCGCACCUGUCCAAAUCCUUGCUGGGCUUUCUAGAUCGAGAAACUGGACAAUAUUGCUUAAUAAAACUUGAAUCGCAACUUUUGAUGAACUUUUUCUUUUUUCAAGCACAUUCAGAAAGUAAAGACUCAAUCGAUCAUUUUGAAAUGUUUCUUUUCAUACUCUGCUCAGUCCCCAAGUUUAUAUACCUUCUAAUGAUUAUUUUUACCACUGCGAAAAAAGAUGAAAUUCUAUACACUUUUUGUAGUAACUAAAAAUCGAAGGUUCCCUCCAUAGAUGAUGGAACUAUAAGAGUAUUGAGACUCGCUCAAUGAGUCACGUAAUCAAACAAAAUGGAUUCCUUUUCAAAACGGUCUAUCUUCUCGAUAAAAACUCUCUAACAAUCUAAUCUCUCUCGGCGUCCUUUUUCCCAUUUCAUGCGUCAGAGUACCUUGACAUCUUUCUACGACGGGUAGUGAACAAAAUAUUGCGUUUCAAAAAAAAAAUCAAUUUUUUUACUAACUUACAAUUUUAUCUUUGUUCAGAGAGGACAUGGUCUGUUAA